UCUGUCGCAGCGGAUCGGGCGCCGCGGCAGGGUGCCGGCGCUGUCGCCGCGCAUCUCCGCCCGCGUCCGCCCUCAAACUCGGGACGAUGGCGAGAGGCCCGCCGCCGAGCGAUGUCAGCAGCUCGCAGGUGCUCGAGACGGCCCCACAGGUUGAAGCUGGAUGCAUGAAGGUGCCAGAGACAGCCCUGCCGUUUCUUCACUGGGAAGAGACGCAGUGUGAGGGGUGGCAGCCCCUUGCUGGCCCCGGGACACUGUGGGACGAUGACUCCUGCCAGUGAUGGGGGCACCUCUGAGGGCAUUUUUGACCUGGACUAUGCAUCCUGGAAGAUUCGCGCGACGCUGGUGGUUGCAGGCUUUGUCUUCUACCUGGGUGUCUUUGUCGUCUGCCACCAGCUCUCGUCCUCUCUGAAUGCCACCUACCGCUCCCUGAUGGCCAGAGAGAAGGUCUUCUGGGACCUAGCAGCCACACGUGCUGUCUUUGGGGUCCAGAGUACGGCUGCAGGUCUGUGGGCGUUGCUAGGGGACCCUGUGCUUCAGGCUGACAAAGCACUGGGCCAGCAGAACUGGUGCUGGUUCCACAUCACCACAGCCACCGGGUUCUUCUUCUUUGAGAACGUGGCUGUCCACUUGUCCAGCCUGUUCUUCUGGACUUUCGACCUCUUCUUGGUUGUCCACCACUUCUUUGCCUUUUUGGGAUUUCUUGGUUCGACGGUGAACCUCAGAGCUGGCCACUACCUCGCCAUGACCACGCUGCUCCUGGAGAUGAGCACCCCGUUCACCUGCAUCUCCUGGAUGCUCCUGAAGGCCGGCUGGUCGGAGACGCUGCUUUGGAAGGCCAACCAGUGGCUGAUGAUCCACAUGUUCCACUGCCGCAUGGUCCUCACCUACCACAUAUGGUGGGUGUGCUUCUGGUCCUGGGACCGCCUGGUCAGCAGCCUGUACCUGCCUCAUUUCGCUCUGUUCCUUGUCGGGCUGGCCCUGCUCACGCUGCUCCUGAACCCAUACUGGACCCACAAGAAGACCCAGCAGCUGCUCACGCCGGUCGAUUGGAACUUUGCACAGCCGCAAACCAAGAACAACCGUGCAGGCAGGACCAGUGGCCAGGAGCUGCAGAAGAAGAGGCUGUAGUGGCCGUGGCCAGGCAGGCGGUGGCACCCACUGUCCAGGGCACACGGGUUCUGUAGAGCUCCAGGAAGAGUGACUGGGAGGUGGGGCGGGGCGUGUCUGGGUUCAGUUCUCAGUGCAGACUUUCUCUUCUUUAGUAUUAAUGCUGAACUAGCCACCAAGCGUCCCUAAGAUCUUGACCUGUACUGAGGCGGAGAUCUUUGUCACCGUGCUCCCCCGUCUGUCCCGGCUUGUUCCCGUGGGGCUGGCCGUGUGGGUGGCGGUGACGGUGGCAGGCUGCUAAGGAGGGUGAGGUGGUGGGAAUACUUGGAAGUGACUUCAUGUCCCACGUGCUGUGGCGGUGUGGUUGGGUCUGCUCCCACCCGUCCUCGUCACACACUCACACUGUGUCUCAUUGGAAAGUCACGUUUUUUAGUUGGAAGGAAUUGAUUUAAGAAAACAAUGUGAUUUGUUAGCCCUUGUUAAAAUCUCCCUAGUGUGGAAUCUUAACGCUAGGUUGCCACAGCGCCAUCUAGUGUCAGGUGGCAUAAAGCUGUCCUCAUGGGGUCCCACCCCGCGGCAGACUGCCCUGAGGUUCACCCCCACCCCGCACAAGGCGUCGGUUCAAAAUCUUGUAUAUUAGAAGACCUACUUUAUAAUGAGAAUGUCUUAAAUUGAAAUUUUAUUUCUUGUUGACAAAAUAAUGUGUCUAGCAGCCAGGCUUAGAUUUGUGUAGAUUCCAGAGCCAUUUUGGAUGAUGUUGGCAGAGGAGCCCCUGACCUCCUGGGGCUGUUUCUCUGUGAUUUCAGCGCUGAGUGGUGAGGAGUGUUUCCCUGCGAGCUCCGCUGGCCCUGGGCCCAGAGACCCUCAGUGCCGAGUCCUAAACAGACCCAGCAGCACCCAGCAACAGCUGCCUGAGGAGGGUCCCAUGCACACUGCUCCCCUGUGCGGGCCCCCGCCGGACUAACACACUAACCAGGCGGAGCCGUGGGCAGACGAAAUGCCACUUACCGCAAGUGUACAUUAAUGUCCAGACCUUCCUUUCAUCAAAAGCACCUUUGAAGAAGUGUUUGCAGGAAACACGUUUAUUGCCUCUGAAAAUCACGUGUCAUGUGGCUGCUUAUGUUCUGUGGGGCUCUCCAAAUGGCACAUUUGAAGACCAAUGCUUGUGUUCACUUUACUGACUGUGUGGAGUUCAAGACAUGUAAUUCCUGUUUGUCUCGAGCAAAGAAGGUGUUUAAGCUGUUCCUGCUGGGAUUGUUAGCCCCGGGCGUCCGCUGGCUGCCCUGCCGUGCCUUUUCCUUGGGAGCCCGCGGUAGCUGAAGCCUUUCGACUGCCCGGCUGUUUAAUAAAGUGGCGAUGUUUACCGAA